UUUUCCGGUAGGAGGCUUAAUGAGGUCGGCGAAGCGAAGGUGGUGGCAGUAAAAUGGCGGUCGUGACCCGCGGGUGAGCUAUGAUAGCAUCGAAUAAGAACAGGAUGGGACUUAAAGGCUGCCUUAUACCCAGCGUCACACUCUGUCUCCCCUUGUGAGGUCCAUGCCUCCUUCCUAGGACCAGGGCCCAGCAUUUGGCAGGAGGAGCGAAUAUGGCCCUCGCCUUUCCCUCUUUCCUCUGCCGUUCCUGCCAGCAGUGCCGCAGUGCCAGGCACCACCGGGCCUUUUCUACCACCCACUGCAGCUGGUCACCAGCCAGAAACAGCAGCUACUAUGAGCUGCUGGGAGUGAAACAGGACGCCACCCCGAAGGAGAUCAAGCAGGCCUUCUUCAGCAAGUCGAAGAAGCUUCAUCCCGACAGCAACCCGGCCGACCCUGAGCUGCAUAGCCAGUUUGUGAAGCUCAACGAGGCCUACCGGGUGCUGAGUAAGCAGAGCAGCCGGAAGCACUACGACAGCUCGCAAGCAGCUCAUGAUGCCUGGGCCCCCCCAGCCAGCCACAGCAGCAGCAGCAGCUCCAAGAGGAGCCCGUUCGGCUCUACCGACUUUGGGACAAGGAGCAAGUCGGAGCCUGGCGACAACACACGGUACUGGCAGCAAUUCCACGGGCCCUUUCCAUUUUCUGGCCCCGAGUGGCAGAAGAGGCACAGUCACAACAGAAGGCUGUUUGGCUACUGCGUGCUCUUCAUGAUGGGCAGUCUGGUGGUCCACUAUGUUGCUUACAGGAAGCUGGCAGAACUGCACAACCAUUUUAUGGAUGAGAAGGAUCGAAUCAUAUCUGAGAUCUAUAACAAGAGCAAGGAACAAGCCCGGUCCAUGGGCUUUCAGGAGCAGCAGGAGCUGUUGCGGCAGAAGCGUGCUGAAUGGGCCCAGCGGUACCACAAGCAGCCCGGGCAGUUCACCGGAAUGACCGGGACCUCGGACUCUGUGAAGGACCCAGCUCCUGCCACCUCCACAGCCAAGUAGAGCCGAGAUGGCAUCCAAAUCCCAAGUCCUGGAUGUUCCGUUUCAGCCGCUGUGGGCUGCCGAAGCGGAUGCUCGGGGAGCAAGCAUGUUUCUCUGCGUGCAGGGUGCUGCUGGCUGUCGUCGCUCCCACAGCCCCUUCACUUGCUGUUAUUUCCGGUAGAGUUGCAGGCUUCCUGCAAUAAACAGUCCCCUGCUUUCUUGAUGACCCA